AUGGCAGCAGUCAUACCGAUGUUGUCCGUCAUCCUGGCGACGGUGUGCAUCGAGAGUCUCUUGUACGGCAUCUUCUUCGUGCUGUCUAUCAUCUCAUUGUACAUCCUGGCACGUCGGCGAGAGGACAUGGUCAAUGCAGCACUCAACGUCAGAGGAAAACGGCGUGUAGCUUAUAUGACACCUAUGUCGGUGGCGGCGGUGUUCAUUUUCGUCAUAAAUACAGCGCAUUGGAUUGUGGCCGUCUAUCGACUCUUUGCUGGAUUUAUGCUUUACGAGGGUGGAACGCAGCCGACGGUCUACUACGCCAUCCCUUCUAAGCCGACUGAGGUGACCCAGAACACGUUGCUCAUGAUCUCACUCAUCAUCGGCGAUGCAAUGAUCAUUUACCGGCUAUGGCUGGUUUGGGCAUACAAUAUCGCCGUCACUAUCUUCCCUCUCUCCACUCUCAUUGGGUUAGUAGUCUGCGCAAUCGGCAGUAUUUAUGCAUCUGCUCUGUCGAAGCCCAAUGAGGACAUCUUCGCAUCCGCGACGGGUCGCUGGAUUUCAGCUAACUGCGUUUUCACGUUAUGGAGGUUUGGUGGCUCUAGUCUUAUGGGCGUCGUAGGGAUCCUGAUUGAGAGUGCCGCUCUUUAUACCGUUUGGACAAUCCUCUUCUUCGUGGCCUACCGCAUCCGGUCUAACCUGCAGUACUUUGCAAGCGAGACGUACUGUGCGGUAGCCGGCAUCACCUUCAUGCUCAUCCACGUUCGGCGCGCGAACAGUAGCUACGACGAAUCCCUGGACUUGUCAGCAACACGAGAUAGCAGACAGAACGCCUAUGGACCACCACGCGUUGCGGUGAACAUCUCACGCGUCGUACACCGGGAUAACGAGUAUGACUCCGACCACUCGAUCAAGUUCGCACCAAGCAGUGUGGUCGACCUGUCUGGGCCUUCGUAG